CUGCUGACUACAAUUAAUCAGCGUCUCGACAUUUAAAGUGGCUUCAGUAUAGUGACACUCCAUAAACCAUGUCCCGUAAACUCAUCGUUGUGUUUGGCGCUACAGGACAGCAAGGCGGCUCUGUCGUCGCUUCGUUUCUCAAAAACAAAGAUUACAUCGUUCGAGCCGUAACUCGGAAGCCAGAUAGUGACAAGGCUAAGGCGCUUGCUGCUAGUGGCGCUGAAGUCGUCGCGGCAGAUCUCAACAACUACCAGAGCAUCGCCAAGGCAUUCCAGGGUGCGUCUGCAGCCUUUGGUGUAACAGACUUCUGGGCUCUUCUACAGACCGUUGGACCUGACGGAGCCUUCGAGGGAGAAAUCCAGCAGGGCAAGAACCUCGCCAAUGCCGCAGCAUCCACUCCCACACUCGAGCACUACGUCUGGAGUUCUUUGCCCUCUGCCUCCACCAAUAGCAAAGGCGCUCUUUCUGUUCCUCAUAUUGAUAGUAAAGCCCUCAUUGACGAAUACAUCUUCUCCUCCCUCCCCGCUCUCGCGAAGAAGACGACUUUCUUCUGGGCUGGAUUCUAUGCCACGAACCUGGCGACUCUUUUGCGUCCAGUCAAGCUGGAGUCGGGGAAGUACGCGUGGGUUCAGCCGUGUGCACCCAGUGCGGCCACACCUAUAAUAGGACAGACGGACGCGGAUGUAGGCGUUUUUGUCAGUGCGAUCCUGGCGAAGCCGGAGAUCACUCUCCCUUCGAAGUAUGUUCUUGGCUCGGUUGAGACUUUGACGAUGGGCGAAAUCCUGAAGUUAUGGGGAGAGGUCAACGGCGUCGAGACCGUGUUUGUCCAGAAGGAUACAGAAGAGUACAUCGCUUCAUUUUUCGCUGGUCCAGUAAUUGGGAAAGAGCUGGUGUUAAAUAUGAAAUUCGUCGAACUUGUCAAUGGUUGGUCAAAGAGCGGUGUAAAGAUUUUGACGAAGGAAGACCUUGGGAUCCAGGAUGCGGAAUUGGUCAGUACGAAGCAGAGUUUUGAGAGGAUGGAUUGGAGCUCCAUUGUAAAGGCAUAG